ACACUUUAAAAAAUAAAAAAUUAACGACAAACUUCACUUUUAUCAACGAAAAAUAAGACGUCGCGGCCGGAGAUCGCGAGAAGCCAGGGAUCGCGGGGACAGGCUUUGAUCGGUCUAUCAACACCACUCUUCCUUCAGUCCGCUUUGUAUUUGAUCAGUGCUGUAUUUUUUUAAAAAAUAAUUAAACCACGGUUUUGCCUUCUACGGCCUACGCUGAGCCCAACGACGCCCUCGACUCCAUUGCGCAAAAAAGUACGAAAAGCAAAAGAUGUUUUUAAAAGUUUUGGAAAUGGAAAUUCGAAGAACGCGAACCCAUCGACCGCCUUUCCUCUGAUUCAAGCAAUCUCAGUUCGGGAGAGGGAAGCAGGGGGAUGAGAGGGGACUGAAAUGGAGGGAGCGGAGGAAGAGCUGGAGAGGAGGAGCAAGUUCUUGAGCAGCUUGAUACAGAAGAAGAAGGCAAAUGAGCAGCAGGAACAGCAUGAACACUUAAAUGUUCGAGUUAGGGCUUCUGACAUGUCCGUUGCGUUGCAGAACCGUGCCUUUAGGUGUGCCAGGGACAACCUCGACGCCAUGGCCGGCAAGCUUGACAGUAAACGCCUCGCUCUUGCCCUUAAAAAGGAAUUCGACUCAUCUUAUGGUCCAGCUUGGCACUGCAUUGUGGGAACAAGCUUUGGUUCAUAUGUUACGCAUUCUCUAGGAGGUUUCUUGUAUUUUUCAAUUGAUAAGGUUUACGUUCUUCUUUUCAAGACUGCGGUUGAGCCCAUGGAUCAUUGAUACUUGUUACGAAUUUGAAUUUCUACACAUUUUUUUUCCUGCAGUUUCUGUGAUUCUACUUUUGGAGUUUCUAUUUAUAUGUAAAACUAUGGACCACAAAGGUGCAAAACUAUCAUUUAUGUUCUGUUUUAGUUCUUUAUGCUGUACUGGUGAUGUCCCUUUACUUUGAAUGUAAAUGAGGACAAAGUGAUUGUUGAGAAA